CCUUCUUUGUUUGUUGGGAGAAGAGAUAUAAUAAUAUCGAAGCAGCAGGAUCAUCGAUGGCUCUAAAUUAUUGAUGAGGUUACCCUUAACCCUAUCUACUUCCCUGUCGGAACACAGUAGCAGUGUAGCCCUAGCCCUAGCCCUAGCCUUAGCCUUCAUAUAUACAUACCUCGAUGGGUCAAUCCAUCAAUCAAUCAGUCACUCAAAUCAUCGUCAUCAUCAUCAAAUCAAAAUCACAUAUCCAGAGAGACAAAGAAAGAAAGUUGGAUAGUUGUAGUCGUCUCGAGACAAGACCUUAUCAUAAGAACAAAAAGAAAAAAGAAAACAUGUCCUCUUCAUCAUCUGCAGCUUUUGCACCGGACCACCACCUCCACCACCACCACCACCACCACCACCCCCCCCACACCACCGAUCAGCUCUGUUACGUCCAUUGCAACUUUUGUGACACUGUCCUCGCGGUGAGUGUUCCUUGCACGAGCUUGUUCAAGACUGUCACCGUUCGAUGCGGACAUUGUACCAAUCUUCUCUCUGUCAACAUGCGUGGAUUGCUUCUUCCUCCUGCACCUAAUCAGCUCCAUCUUGGCCACUCCUUCUUCUCUCCUCAGAAUCUUCUGGAAGAGAUUCGGAACUCGCCGUCGAACUUGCUUAUCAACAAUCAGCUGAGUCCGACAGAGUCAUCUGUGACGGCUGUGCGAGGAAUCGACGAGCUUCCGAAGCCUCCAGUGGCUAACAGACCCCCAGAGAAAAGACAGAGAGUCCCUUCUGCAUACAACCGUUUCAUCAAGGAUGAGAUUCAACGCAUCAAAGCUGGAAACCCUGAUAUCAGUCACAGGGAAGCCUUCAGUGCUGCUGCAAAGAAUUGGGCCCACUUCCCACACAUUCAUUUCGGACUUAUGCCUGAUCAUCAACCCGUGAAGAAACCAAAUGUUUGUCAGCAACAGGAAGGAGGAGAGCUUGAUCAUGUUCUGAUGAAGGAUGGAUUUCUUGCUCCUGCAAAUGUGGGUCUGUCUCCCUACUAAGAUUAAUAAUUAUUAUUCUUCGAUCAUAUAUAUAUAUAUAUAUGUGUGUGUGUGUGUAUGUAUUUUAUGUGUGUGGGGGGCGUAUGUCGAUGAUAUACGUCUGGAUCGUGUUUAAUUACUGGAUCGAGGUUUCUGGCAUUAGCUAGGGUUCUUAUUAUACUAAGUUCGAUCGAUCCAUGCUGUCUGUGGGAAUGAUGACUGUUUUAAUUUGCAGUUUCUGCGUUGCUUAAUUAAUUAGCUUAGCUUAGCUUAGCUUAAUUCGAAUGACAUGAUUGUGAUGGGAAAGAGAGGAUUUUGGAUGUCGAAUGUUUGGUAAUGUUAUAUGAUCUCUCGAACCCAUCCUAUCAUAAUGAAUUAAAGCUAUAUCCUUUAUU